UCCCCGCCGCGGCCGUCGGGAACGAGCAUGCGCCGGGGGGCGGUCCCGCCCCCCGGCGCAUGCUCGUUCCCGACGGCCGCGGCGGGGAGCGGGUGCGGCGAUGUCUACACCGGUGCCGUCCAUGGGACCGUGCCUGCGCUCCGUUAACACUCGUGAGCUCUCCGAGGUUGUCUUCAACAACCGCAGCCCGCGCUCCGUCCUCCCGGUUUGGGUGGACUUCGAGGGCAAGCCGCGACACUACCCGGUCCUGCAGCCGCGCACCGGGCGGGUCAUGCACAGCUACCGGGGUCACCUCUGGCUGUUCCGGGAUGCAGGGACAAACGAUGGGCUCCUUGUUAACCAGCAGGAGCUGUUCAUAGCGGCUCCCAAUGUGAAUAAAGCAGACAUCACGCUGCCAGUGUUUACCCUGAAAGAACGGUGCCUCCAGGUUGUUCGCAGUCUAGUCAAACCAGUGGACUACAGGAAACUGGACAUUGUUCGAUCGUUAUAUGAAGAGCUGGAAGAUCAUCCUGAUGUUAAGAAGGAUCUUCAGCGGCUUUCUCUGGAGAGAAGUGAAACACUGAGGAACGGAAUUCCUGAAUAACGUGAUUACUCCGGACUAUUCAAAUAGCAAACUCAGAGUUAAAGCAGGAAGAGCUGCCACGAAACAUGCCAAGAACUGGUGUCUCUCUUUUAUGUUCUGAGACAUAAACUCAGUUAACUUGGUAAGUCUGCUCCCAAAGACUAAACGGCAUGUAGGAGCACACCAGGUUCCUGAUGGUUCACUGCUGCUCCUCGUUAUGCACGUUGCAAACCAGCAGCUCUGGAGGAUGAAGCUCAGUUUUUUUAUUUGGACUGUUUCAGAACACCACACAGGGACAUAGUAUCAGGUCAUCUGUUUGGAGCAUACAGAUUAGCUUUCAUUGUAUUAGAGUGUAAGUAACACUAAGGAUUAAUUUAAUCCAGACUCUAAUGAUUGUAAGUGGCAGACCCACACCAGUUUCAUUUGAAUAAUUUGCAUUCAGUGGAAUUUCACUCUCUCACGCUUGGCCUAGAGUUGCCUGUGACCCACCAGGUGUGGGUAGUGUUUGUGUACACGAGGGUUUCCAACACGCCUUCUGGGGACCUGGCCUGAAACAUCAUGCUGGUGGAAAGAUGACACAUGUAAAUGCUUGGGGGUUUUCCUGCCUUUUGGCUUUGCACGUGUAAACCCAUGUUGUGUCCACUCAGGCUGACAUGUUUUUACACAGAUCGUGCCUUGAAUGCCUUAUUUAUCCUUUGUGCUUGGAUCUCAAGGUCAUCAACCUGGUCAGCCACAUAGACCUAGUUCUGGGACACUUUCUCCUCUGCAGCAGCUUCCCGUUACAGGCCUAGCAGGUUGUGCUCACAGACAGUAGAUGCUUUGAAUCGUGCCUUUUUGUGUGGCAGUUCAGUAGUUGGGAGGCCUUUUCAGGGGAGCAGGGACCACUUGAGCUGCUGGUGUCUCCUGAGGAACAGAUAGCAGACUGCAUCAGCUCAGAUGGGCCUAUUGCUAGAUCCAGCUCACAGACACAUCCAUGCUUUAUUACAGGCUAGAUAAGCAGAGAAAACAUUUCCUUACCUAUGUUCUGUUCCCUCAUGCCUCCGUUAGGAUGUGUAUUUGUGUGAAUAUACACGUCAUUCCAAGCAGUGUAGUUUUUAACAGAUACGUGAAUUGUCCACCAGGUAACAGAUGUAGUGCUGUUCACUGUUAGAAGCAGAAUGGUAGGAGAUUAUAGCAGGUUAUUUCUGUGGCACAUGUUUCUUUCCAGUUAUGCAUUCUGAGAAACACAGCUGUGAAACUGAGACUGUUGACAUGUUCUGUAAGUAUGAAAUGUCUCCCCUUUUUUGUAGACUUGUUUUUUCUUACGUAUUUGAAGUGUAUGAAUUGAUCUUUGUCAUAAAAAUGUAAAUUCAUGCUAAA